ACAAAAAUUUCCUUUGUUGUGUUCCUAUUCCCAAUUUUUAGUCUUUAGGUACCAUAAUUUUUUGUAACAGCAAAAAGUUUAACUAAAUUAUUUCCAAAAACUUUAUGAUUGUUUAAAUUUAAAACCAUGUCUGUUGUCGAACGUUUUGAUGUAGAAAGAGUAGCAAAAAUAUUUCAGGAUUGUUUGCAUGAGAACGAUGAUGUGUUGUUGGAUUCAUAUUUAGAGGCAUAUGAAGAAAUCAAUAAAUUUUUCCAUUUAAUGGGUUCCGUUUUCGGAUUUGUUAGUAGUGAUGUGCGUAGUAAAAUCGAUAUACUUUGUGAAUACAGGCGAAAAGAAUCAACUGGUGAACGUUUCCUGACAAUUAAAACAAUGAUAACCUAUGAAAAGGAAGAGGAACUUCUUAAGGAUAACAGUUACGUUUCGGGGUCGAGGACACUACUUCGACUACACAGGGGCUUGGAAUUCAUAUACGAGUUUCUAAAACGGUUGUCUGAAUUAAAUGAAUGUGAUAAAACACAUUCUUGCUGCAAGAGUGCAUAUAAUGACACGUUAGCAAAACAUCACCCUUGGGUGGUACGAAAAGGAGCUGUGGUUGCUAUGUAUGCGCUACCAACUCAGGGAGAAUUACUGAAACGUGUUUGUAUAAACGUGUCACGUGCGAUAGAGGUGCUCCCUGAAAUGCUGCAACAUACUAAAUCCGUAUACGAUCGCAUUGAACUGCUUUACACUACUCAUGAUUUGCACGAUUUACCCUAAAGUAUCCAUAAUUAUAUAAGCUAAAGUAAUAGAUAUUUUUCAUAUUUUGUGAA